CAAACCAAUAAACCAUCAAGAAAUAAAAAAAAAUAAUGCUGCAUAAGCAUACCCAUACCACAGAAUAACUAACCAUACAGAAGCGAAACUCAGGCCCAAAAUGGUAACAUAAUUUUCAUGCUCAUGUGUCAACGUAACUGGUAUAACCUCACUUUUAGACUCACAGUGACAGUUGUUUUUAGUUAAAUUUUAUAUUUAUAUAUGUUUUAUUUUAUAGUUUAUUUAUAUUUUAUAGUUAAAUUUUAUAUUUCAAAAUUAAUUAAUAACUACUUGUUAAAAAUAUCACAUCAUAUGAAUUGGUCUAUUCCUUAGAACAUCAAGUUCCAUUCUGUAACUAGGGCUCAAGGUCAAAUAUUUCGGUUCCCACACAAUCAAUGGAAACGACAGUCAGUUUCGCUUCUGUAUGGUUAGUUAUUCUGUGCCCAUACCGUACCGUUCUUUUAUAAUAAAAAUAUUAUGCGUUAUCGUUAUAUUUUCUUAGUGUGAGCGACUUUUAUGUGUAAAAUUAUUAUUGGAAUUCAUAAAAUCAAGUGUACUAAUCAAAUGGAAGUUAAACAAGAAAUUAGUGCGGAAACAUGUAAAAUAGAAAUAGAGUAUAAUGACUUGGAUGAUUCCCUUUUGGAUGGUUUUAAAUGUGAAAUUAAGGAUGAAUCUAAUAGGCAAAAUACAUAUGAUUCUUUAGACUUGAAGGAAUGUCCUAUAAAUACUGACAUAGAACAACAUGGAAAUAAACUCGACCCAUCUGAAGAAGACCAAAAAACUGAAAAAGGUUAUCUCCAAAAUAAAAACAAAAUGGAGAUUACAGAGAAACUCAUUGAAGAUUCGUCUUACCAAGGAAAUGUUAUGACUGGCAAAAGAUCUUAUAAAUGUGAAAUUUGUUUUAAGCAAUUUGAUAGAGCACGUACUUUCAAAGAGCAUUGUAGAACACACACGGGAGAAAAACCUCACAAGUGUGAGAUUUGUUUCAAGCAAUUUAAUAGAGAAAGUUCUUUCAGACAGCAUUUAAAAACACACACUCGAGAAAAACCUCACAAGUGCGACAUUUGUUUUAAGCAAUUUAAUGGAGCAGGUACUUUAAAACAGCAUUUAAGAGUACACACUGGAGAAAAACCUCACAAGUGUGACAUUUGUUUUAAGCAAUUUAAUGGAGCAGGUACUUUAAAACAGCAUUUAAGAGUACACACUGGAGAAAAACCUCACAAGUGUGAAAUUUGUUUUAAGCAAUUUAAUAGAUCAGGUAAUUUCAAAGAGCAUUUGAGAGUGCACACCGGCGAAAAACCUUACAAGUGCGAAAUUUGUUUUAAGCAAUUUAGUCAAGCAGGUACUUUAAAACGGCAUUUAAGAACGCACACUGGAGAAAAACCUCUGAAGUGCGAGAUUUGUUUUAAACAAUUUGUUACGGCAAGUUAUUUCAAAGUGCAUUUGAGAACACACACUGAAGAAAAACCAUACAAGUGUGAAAUCUGUUUUAAGCAAUUUAGUCAUGCAGGUACUUUAAAAGAGCAUUUAAGAACACACACCGGAGAAAAACCUCAUAAGUGUGAGAUUUGUUUUAAGCAGUUUUUUACGGCAAGUAAUUUCAAAGUGCAUUUAAGAGUACACACCGGAGAAAAACCAUACAAGUGUGAAACUUGCUUAAAACAAUUUCGUUUUGCAAGUGAUUUCAAAAAACAUUUAAGAACGCACACUUAGGGCAGUCAAUGAGGGUAUUUGGCUCCGAAUUCCAUCCUACUACAUCGAUUUACUUAAUAUUUUCACAGUAAGUAGGGAAUAGUUUGUACAGUAAGGGAAAAAACUCCUUACUGCAUAAUAUAGUAUGUAUCAAAAGAUGUAUAUAAUUUUAAAUAAUUUCAGUUGUUACAAAAGAUAUUGUUUCUAAAUAUGCAAACAAAACGAAGGUUGAUUAAUGCAUUUUUGUUUGUGUAACCUCGUAGAGACUCACGUAUAAUAUUACUUUUCAAAGUCCAAAUUAUAAGGAGAUAUAAAUAGCCCACAGAGGGAUUGAUAAGAGGAUUAUUAUUAUUAUAGUAUUGUUAUUAUUCAGAUCGUUAAUAUGCUAGUGAGCCGUCCUGCGAGAAGGGUGUCCUAAAGGACCACCCCGCGAAACAACAUCUUAGUAACCUUUUGUUGAUUGAUGUAAAUCGUAAAUAAAGUUAUAAAGUUAGAGUCAGUGUUUCAACUCGACGUUUCAACCCCGCAAGAUUAUCAUGGCAAUCUACCCACGUAACAAUAGCAACAUAACAUGGCCCUUAGCCCUUUAAACCUGGACAGCUGAGACGACAGGAAGCUGAGAAGUAGAAUAUGGGAAAUAACCAAAACAAAGAGAAGGAGGAGCAAGUAUUUAUAAACCAGGCGGACAACAGCGGAGGCACCACAGCUACCAAAGAAAAGGGAUACGAUAAUAUCUGUUCCAGAAAUAUUGGGAAUAGUAACAUUUGCCCUAGUAUUCAUAUUCGUCGUAUGGUUGAUGUAUAGACAAUGGAGAAGGCAGCUGGAACGACAGAUCCGACGAGAGGUGACUAGAUCAACGGAACUGCUGAGAGUGGAUACCCAGUUUCCAGGAACAGCCACCCUUCUGGUUCCCACCCCUUCUCGGGGAUGGAACAUUUUUUGGUUAAAAUAUGCCACGGAAGUGGCUAGAGAACCUGAUUUUAAGCAAAUACUGUUCUAUAAUUUUUUUUUGAAAACUCGAUAUUUUUUGAGUUAUGCGUGGUUGAAAAUUUUCCAUUUUCCUUGAAAAAUAACACCUUUGCGAACGGGUUUUUGCGAAUACAUUAAAAACUAUGCAUCUAACGAAAAAAACUAUAUAAAAUAUUUUUGUAGCUUAUAAAAAAACAAAGAGAUUCGUUCCUUAAUAAAUCUUCUAGUUAUAACACAAAAAGAGAUAUGGUAGGUGAGAAGAGUUUGUUUUUUUGUUGCAUGCUCAAAUCGAUGUAUUCAACUUGAAAUAACAGAGAAACGGUCGAUUUUAGGUGUAGAAUAAUAAUAAUACCUUAUAGUGAUUGAAAAGACUAUUAACACGAGCUAUAUUAAAUGUCGAUUACAUUUAAGGGGGUAUGGUUUGAAAUAUUUAAUUUUUUUUAUUAUUUCAAACAAAAGUGCAUACUUUCAAGAAUACUCUCUGAAAAUUUCAAAAUAAUCGGAGUAAAAUUACCAGAGAUACAGCGUGUUGAAUAUCCCUACCUUCGACUCACUUUGCCGCGACUUCGCGCCAGCACGCUUGAGCGUAGUGAGAAACGUUAAACAACUGUUCGCCUUAUCUUUUGUAGAUUACUCCUCGAUUCAAAAAACAUAUUCCAAUGUGCAUCACUUUACGAUUUGGCAGACAAAUAACAAGAUGAAGAUGCAGUUGUCAAAACUUUAAACGCAUUUUUCUCAAAACUGCUUUUUCAAAUGCGGUGGACAUUGUAACUGAAAAACUACUCAUCCGAUCUACCUGAUAUGUUGCAUAGAUUUUCUUAAGACAUUUCAUGAGGUAACAACGUCGAGAUAUUUUACUUUUUUUGCUUAUUUUUUGUUCAACAAUAAUAAAUCUGUUGAUUUUCACAAAAUUUUUACCAAAAAUUUCAUUUUUUUGAUUUCUGAGUGAUACCAAAAAUUCAAAAAUCAUUAGAAAUAAAAAACCUCGACGUUGUGACCUCGCGAAACUCAUAAGCUAAUUAAAUCUUUUUGAAUUUUUUGUUUCGUAUGAUCUAGUGACGAGUUCUGAUGUCCACCGCAAAAUCCAUUUUUUGUGAGCUGCCUGUCAAAAUUUGUCACCAAUGGCUUACUUUUCAAUAUUUUGGAUUGCAUUUUUUUCUAAAUAUUCUUUAACUUGUACUUAAUAUGUUUAUUUAAUUUAAAAAUAAAAUAAUUGUACCAUAGCUUCGAAAAAAAUUCACCCCCCCCCCUUAAACUAAGCGAGAUAUGCUGCAAAAAAUGUAUGACUAAUGUACUUUAAGAAAUAAUUACACUUUUAUAAAAAAGAACUUUUUUAUAAUAAAACGUUUUUAUUAUUUAUAGGAGAGAAUAUAAAAUAAUUUGACGAUAUAAAAUGCUUAAAAUUCCAAAAGUCACACUAUAAUAAAAAAGUACUUUUUAUAAUAACACGGUUUUGUUGUAUAAUAUAGGAUACAAUAUGUUGCGAAAGAAUAAAAUAUGAAUUUUUAGUAGGUGUAUUAACUGUUAAAAUUAUAAUUCCAAAAAUUACACUAGUAUAAAAAAGUACUUUUUAUAAUACCACGGUUGUUUAAAAUGGUAUACUCGUAUAUACCUAAUAUUUAUAUAUAAUAAUUAUCUUAUAAAAUACGAAUUUUAAGUAUAUCAACUUUUAAUUAUUUAUUAAAAAAAUUAAAGAAAGAUACGCAACAGCCGUGUUCGAACUAGGGAACUCUCGGUCUGCAGUCUAAUGCCACUGACCCACCAUCAAUUUGUAGAUAUCGAUUUAUUAACGUACUUUAAAAUAUUGCAUUAGCCACAUUUUUAAAAUAGUUUGAAAUAAAAAAAAUCGAUUUAUCCAUUCAGGGUGAUUGAUUAGUGGGGAAAAGCUCCGUAGAUCCGUUAUAGUAAUAGAUAGCAAUAAAAGUUAAUAACAAAAAUUGUAGCCAACUUUGAUUACAGAUUGAUAAUCAGUAAUCGUAAAUUGUCAGUUUUAGACAAUUCAGUCAUGGUUUACCUAAAAUUUGGAAAGGUUUAGAUCCGUAAUUAAUAAUUUACUCUGAAAAAUGAAAAUAUCUCAAAAACUAAUAAAUUUAGACAUAGGGAAUGAUAUAUAUAAAUUAAAGUAAGGUAAUAGUACUUUUAGAUAGGGAUAUAAAAUACAGGGUGUUUCAUUUAAAAUUACUGAGAAAAUAAUGUACUUGCGUUUUGACUCACCCUGUAUUAAAUAUAAAGAAAAUCAGGAAUAUCAAUCAUUUAUGAAAAUUUUGACAAUAAUUAAAAAAAUAUAUUGCAAGUAAUAUAUUGCCGUUGUGUUUAUUUUUAUUUAUACAGGGAGUUGAACUUGUUACGAUUUUCAUAUAAAAUUUGUUAUAACUUUGUAAAUACCCUGUAUAACAUACCAAUCCUUUAUAUUUUUGUAAUGGAGAAGUUAGGAAGAUUUCGAAUAUAAAAUAAAAUAUAGGGUGUUCCAUUUAAAAAAACAUAAGUUUGAUCUGCCUCUAUGUUAUCGAACACCCUGUAAAAUUCUAACUAAUUUUGUAAUGUGAAGCUCAAAGUUGGCUACAAUUUUUGUUAUUAACUUUUAUCGCUAUCCAUUACUAUAACGGAUCUACGGAGCUUUACCCUACUAAUCAAUCACCCUGUAUAAUAGCAGUUAAAUAUUUCAUUGUUAGCUAGUUCAAAGCUAUUCUGAAAAUUUCGAGUGCAUAGGUAGUCUAGAACUAUUUUUAAAAUGGAUUACAAAAUUUGCGGAGUCCGUGACACCGACCAAGCCAAGUAUAUAAAAACGUUUUAAAAUGAGAAGUAUAUUUAACCCCUUAUCCACGAAAAUGCAUCGUUUUCCUUCUACAGUACUUUUUAUUAUAGUGUUAUUUUUAUGUUCAAAAAGUUGGACGGAUUUAAAAUGAAUGGUUGUUGAAAAAAAUAAGAUCAAAUUAUAGAGCCCAUUUUUAAAGUUUCUUAAAAAUCUUCUUUUUUCUCCAUGUAACUCGAAAAUGACAAGAGAUACGAAAAAAGAUACCACACAAAAAUGUAGGGUUUUUUAGAUGAAAAUUUUGGUUUUAUUUUUCUUUCUGUAUCUCUAAUCAUUUUCAAGUUACAUGGAGAAAAGAAGAUUUUUAAGAAAAUUCAAAAAUGCAUUCUUUAAUUUGAUCUUAUUUUUUUUUCAAAAACCAUUUUAUCAAAAACACGUCCAAGUUUUUGAACAUAGAAGUAAUACUAUAAUAAACUGUAUUGUAGAAGGAAAACGAUGCGUUUAAAUUCUGGUGGAUGGGGGUUAAAUAUAUUUCUCAUUUUUUCUUAAAAUACUUUAGUCAUCCAUUUUUUUUGCAGGAUAUCUCGCUUAGUUUGAAUGUAAUCGAUCUUUAAUGUUGCUCAUUUUAAAGGUCUUUUCAAGCCUUACAAAAAAUAUUAGUAGCAUUAUACACCUAAAAUCGACCGUUUCUCUGUUCACCGACCACAUCUCUUUUUGUAUUAUAACUAGAGGAUUUAGGAUUUAUGAAGGAACGAGUCGCUUUGGAUUUUUAUAGGCUACAAAAAUGUUUUAUGUAGUUUUUUAGUUAGAUGUAUGGUUUUUAAGGUAUUCGCAAAAAUCAGUUCAAAAAGGUGUUAUGUUUCAGUGAAAUGCCUAAUUUUCAACCACGAUUAAAUCAAAAUGUACUUACUGAGUUUUCAAAAAAAAAAAAAAUUAUAGAACAGUUUUUGCUUAGAAUUAGGUUCUCUAGCCACUUCCGUGGUUAUUUUAACCAAAAAAAUUUCCACCCCCAAGAUAAAAGCACACAUCGGCAUAGGGUAGACUUUGAAUUAGGAGAUAAAUAGAGGCUAUUCCUAAAAUUUCAUUAAAAUCCAUGCAGUAGGAUGAAAUUCGGAGGCAUUAUUCUAUUCUUGCUCCCAUUGACUGGCGAAACUAGAGAAAAACCUCAUACAUGAAUCGAUUAUUUCUGAAAGGGCCUAAGUGCCAUUUCGGCCAUUUUCUUUUUAAUAUGUAAAUUAAUUAUUGGCCAAAAUCGUAGCAUUUGGUGCAGAAAAUAACUAAUUUCAAUUAUUCUUGAGUUGCAUUUCUGCGUGAGAAAAUAAAGUCGACUUUGCACUACAUGAUUUAUCAUAUGAUUUGGCCCAUGACGAGCCGCAUGACAAUGCUUAUGAUAAAACACAAUGCUUAUGAAUGACAAAUCACACAGUGUAAACAUGUAAAUUUCACUUGAUGACCAAAUCAUAUGACAAAUCACAUGAUAAAUCAUGUAUGGUUUGUUUAGCAGUAAAUGGUUGACUUCAAUUAGUGCGGUCGUAAAUAUUAUUAAAUUUAUCUGACCUGGCCCAUUGUUAAGACCCACCCGGAGCGAUAAGCAACCGAGGUAGACAGAGUUGGUUUUUUGACAAUUAACACUGACUAGACGGUACUGCUAUAAUAAAGCAAAGAAUCCACAAAAUUUUCAAUAAUUAUUACAACGACAAAAACAAAAAACGGAUGUAAAAUAUUUUGCUUUGCCUUAUAUACCCGAAAUUAAUGUUUUCAAAUGAGUUUUAAAAUAAAUUAAAUCUAUUUUAAUUGCUAAGAUUAUAGAAAAACAAACAUUCAAACAUAUUUAUAUUUUACCUGAAACCGGGCCUUUUAUACUAUUGAAGUACCAGUACAAGUAUUGACCAUUGAAGUCAAUCAUUUACUGCUAAACGUACCAUAAUUUAAAGUCGACUUAUUGGUUCAGUGCAGAAAGGACCUAAGUAAACUAACUUACCCCUUUAAGAAAUAAAUAUUAAAAUGUGUGUCUUGCUGUAUUUGACUUUGCGCUCUAUUUUGGCGACAAGUUUUAUACGAAUUUAAAAGAUAAUGUUAAAGAGUCACGAUAGGGACGACGUGGUAAGGCUCACAUUUGAGUAUGUAUAUGCAAAAUGUCCAUCUACCACAUAUACCUGUACAAGAAGUCUUCUAUAAGACUUAAUUAACGGUUAAUGUAUUUUGUAUACAUAAUCUUAAAACAAAAAAAAAAUCUUGUUUCUAUAUUAAUCGCGAAGGACAGGCCAAUAAGGGCCCUAAUGAAGUUUGCACCUUUUUGCUUGAUUAUAUUUAUAAAAUAUAAUAUACCACCCAACAUAAAAGAGUUAAAACUUUAUUCUGAUAACUGCUCUGGGCAAAAUAAGAACCAAGCUGUUAUAAGAUUAUGUUUGGCCCUUACAGAUAUAAAAUUGAACAUUAUUCUCCCAUUAGAGGGCACUCCUUGCCAUGCGACAGGGAUUUUAGUGUCAUAAAAAGAUACUUAAAAAAACUGACAGAAUAUUUGAAAUUCAUAAGUACACAGAAAUUAUUGUUAAUUCGGGAGCCAAAAGCUAAUUUACUGUAACAGACGUUAAAACUAGUGAAAUUCUAGAUUUUUAGCUAUGGUGGCCUAAGUAUUAUAAAACGACAAGCCUGUCUACUGAAUCUCAAAAAAGAAAUGUUAUUCGAUCUCAAAAAACUUCUUUUGCAAUUUCGAUCUUUAAUUAGUAUGUAUAUAGCUCCGAAACUCCAGGUUAUGUAAGCAGUGCCGCGCCAGCACGUGUUAGCGCCUGUGUGCAAAACAUUUAAUGGCGCCCAAAAAUAUGCAUUUUUAUUAAAAUCGUCUCGUUAAAUUUAUUAAACAAUGUGAAUACAAAUGAACAAUUAUUUAUUGUAACCAAACAAAAAUAACUAAAAAUUCUCAUAUAUGCAACAGGAAAAUAAACUAAUUAAAAAUUAACUAAGUUAAAAUAAUUAAGUAAAAAUAAAUCUUUAGCGUAUCUACAGAUACAGGUAAACAUGAAAAUAAAUAUCUAUUUCAGAAAAAAUUCACUUUCGCGCCUUCUGUUUGGAAAAUCUUUUUAUAACAUGGUGAAUAUCAUCUAAUAUUGACGACUCUAUUCGAUAGAGAUCUUCUUCUUCUUUUGGUGCCUAUUCGUUUCGAAUAUUGGCGAUCAUUCUGGCUAUAAUUAUUUUAUUAACUGAUGCUUAAAAUAUAUUAGUUGCUGUUGUGGAGAACCAUUUCCUCAGGUUCUUUAACCAUAAUAUUCUUCUUUUCCCAAUUCCUCGCUUUCCGAAUACUUUUCCUUGAAGGAUUACCUUCAGUAAUCUGUAUUUAGUGCCCUUCAUGUCAAUUGCGACAUAUAUGCAUGUCGGUUGAUUAAGAGAUAGCAUUUGAUCGGGUACAGCAUGCCAAAAUAAUGUAAAUACUAAAAGAAACAGGAAUUAACAACCAAGAUCUCAAAAUAAUUAGAAACAUUUACUGGAAUCAGACUGCAAACCACAGAGUUAAAGGAGAACACACCGAAUACGUGAAAAUCAUGCGUGUCGUCAUUAUUUAAUUCUUUUAACAAAGGCUGCAGCUGUAUAAUUCAUAUAUUUCUUCAAACAAAUCGUCUCCAUUUAUAUGUAGAUGAUCAUUAAAUCUCAGUUUUUUUUUCCAAAUUUCUACACAAAAGUUUUAUUGUGAGUUUUCUGUAAUGUCGUUCAAAUUAUGUAAAAAUUUGAAAACAGUAACAUGAUUUUUCAUCCAACUUUGUAUGACAUUUUAUGAUCCAAAAUCGGUUCGUCUUUAUGUUCGUAAUCGAACUGUCAGCUUUUUUCCGAAGCCGUAACUGUGUAGUUGGUUGAUAACUGGGCUCCACAUCCAAUUUAUCUGCAGUUUCAUUUGCUGUAGUAAUAAUAUCAUUUAAUUUGCUAUCUGUCCGAAACUCGAGCAACAAUUGUUUUAUUUCUUGUAAAGCAUAUUAUUCAUUGUUUUUGAUUGAAAAAUUUUGCUAACGAAGUUAACUUUCAUCAGAACUUUAUACCGUAGGUAUGUAGAGCAUAUGAAUGUAAAUGUUCAUAUUUUAUCUCCUGAACAUCUAGAUUGAUAUUUUGAAUCACGAUCUUUAUCCGAAUGUGUUAUAUGACAUAAAGCAUAACUAAAUUUCUUCCAAAAUUUGGUAUGGCUUUAAAACAUCAAUUCUGCUGGACCAGUUUGUAUUAGAUAAAUGCUUUAAAGCCAGACUUGCAAAGUGUUGUUUUAUGGUAUCCCAACGUUUGGUAGAAUCUGAAGAAAAAAAAUGGGUAAGUGUUUUGACCCGCCUAAAAUUUUUGAAAAUUCUUGAAAACUCUAGUGGCGCCCCUUACUUGCUGGCGCCUGUGUGCACCGCACACAUUGCACACGUAGACAGCGCGGCCGUGUAUGUAAGGGCAUCGGAAUAUAUUAAUAGCAUUUUUCUUGUUAAUCACUUCCAUUUUGCUUUACCGAAACACAUUAACCAAUUUAAUAUCGAAUGGUCCAAAGUUCAAAAUACCAGCAUAUCCUGAAGACAUGGUGCCAAUUUUGGAAACAAAAAUAGAUCAUUUGCAAAGCGUUAACCAGUGAGUACCAGAAGGUAAGCAGGAGUUUUAAGUCAACAUAAUAAAUUCCUGGAAGACCAGGAAAUCCAAAGCGAAAGCAUCUUAAUAGAAUUGAAAACCAUUUUUUUUCGAUUUUGUUUUAAAGUCUGUAAAAAUAAUGUUUUAUUUCUAUGUUUUAUAUUAUAUUAUUACUUUAAUUUUAGUUGAAUAUAUUUUUGUGGCUGUUUUUCACAAUAAAAUUACAAUAUUA